AUGCCCGCGCCGCAGCAGCAGCAGCCGCCGCCCGCUGCCUAUGCCUCGCCGCACGCCUAUCCGUCACCCACGUCGAUGCAGCCCACGUACUCGUACCCGCCGCCCGGCCAGCCCGCCGGCGAGCCGUAUCGUGGCUCGCCGCCGGGCGCGAAUAUGUCGCUGCCGCCGCUGAACCUGCCGCCCAUGCGCCUGCCCGACGGCCAGCCGCCGCAACAGCAGCAGCACCACCAGCACGCCCACCACCAGCACCCGCCGCACCCGCAGCCCGCCAUGGGCUCGCCGCUGCCGCCGCCGCCGCACGCCAUGCAGCAGCACUACCCGCCGCCGGGCUAUGCGCACCCGCAGCAGCCCAUGAACAUGGGGCCCGCCCAGUACAACGCGAUGCGCUACCAGCUGCCGCCGCAGCCCGACCAGCGCGUGCUGUCCGGCGGCCGCCACAAGAAGGAGAUCAAGCGCCGCACCAAGACGGGGUGCUUGACGUGUCGCAAGCGUAGAAUCAAGUGUGACGAGGCGCACCCCACCUGCCGCAACUGCCAGAAGAGCAAGCGCGAGUGUCUGGGCUACGAUCCCAUCUUCAAGCAGCAGCCCGGCCCGGCCCAGAUCCAGCCCGCGCCUAACUCUGCCCCGACGCCGCACUCCUCAACUCCACCCGUGCCCGCCCAGGCCCCGCCGCCGCCCGCCAGCUACCAGAGCCAGGUCCCCCAGGGCUACGCCCCGGCCUCUUCAGCAGGCUACGCCCCGGCCGCCGCCGCCCCCAGCGCCCCGCACGACCCGCAAGCCUUCAACGCCAUCGACCCUGCUCUCGCUGCCGCCGCCGCCCCGGGCAUGCAUCCAGGCCAACCGCAGUACAACGGCCUGCCCAUGGACCCCGCCAUGAGACAGCAAGGCUACGCGCAUCCCCCGCCCCCGCCCAGUCCGCUCAAGGGCAAGCAACUCGACGUGGCCGACAUCUUUGGCAUCUGCAACCACAGCCCGCCCGACGUCCCGCCACGGACUGCUCCACCGGCGCAGGAAAUUGACGAGCAGUUCUCGCAGAUCUUCGUCAACGACUACGUCCAAGGCCUCGACUACAUGCUGCAGACCACGUGGUUCUCCAAAGACAACAACGCCCUGCACCGCAUCUUCACCAGCCAGGCUCUGCACGAAGAGGCCGCCUUCUUCACCGAGACGAUCAAGACGCAGAACAGCUCUGCCGACAUGUCAAGUGUGUUCAGCCAAGAAGCGCGCCUGAUUUGGCACUUGCUGGGGUCGUGCAAACUCCCCACACCUGCUACCAACGGCGUCAAGCCUGAAGACGGCAGCGCCCAUCUUGCAGAGUCCGAGGACCUGCCACUCAGGGAAUGCCGCGCGCGCUUCGACGUCCUGGAGGCUUUACUGACAAAUUCAAACCUCGAGUCGAACCCCCUCCGCGAGCUCACCUAUCCUGAAGACAUCCACGAGGAGAAGAGGCACGAGGUGGACUUCUGGCUUAAUCUUGGAGACUUUGUCCGCUAUGACGGCGACGACCGCGCGCCGCCCAACGCUGCUGACAUGUCACUCGGUACAAUGCGCACGGUGCUGCGCGUACAGGAAGUGCGUGACGCAAUAUACUCGAUAGCCGUCGCCAGGCACUACGGAGCGCGGAUAGGAGGCUUCCCGAACGCGCUCCCACAACUAAUGGACCCGCACGAGGACAGCGAUUUGAGUAAACUUCACGUUGCCAUGUCCUUCAUCAGCCAUGAGAGUCGUGCAGGUUCUCAGCAAGUCUUGGCCCGCAUCUGCGACAUGGCAAUGUUGUCAUGGGCCGUGGCGAGAAGCCCGUAG